AUGCAUUCUUCUGUUCGACUUCAUGAUCAACUCUAUGAAAUAGUUGUUUCAUCAGAACAAGUGCCUGGUGAACAAAAGAUUCGCAUAUUGUUUCCUCAUGGAUAUGAUGUUAUCGGUAAUAAUCAUCGUUAUCCUGUUCUUUACUUAUUGCAUGGUUCAUUUGGUGGUGCUGCAGAUUGGACGACGCUCGGUGAAGCUCAAGCAAUCUGUAGUAAUACAUCGUUAAUUAUUGUUAUGCCGAAUGGUGACCCUUUUGGAUUCUAUACUAAUUGGGUGAUACUUGGUAAUGAUGGUCCACAAAAUUGGCGUACUUACCAUAUGGAACAACUAGUACCUUGGAUCGAUUAUAAUUUGCGCACGGUAGCGAAAAAAGAAGGUCGUGCUAUAGCUGGCCUUUCAAUGGGUGGAUUUGGUGCCAUUCGUUAUGCAGAACAAUACUCUGAUAAUUUUAUUUAUGUAGCAGGGUUUUCUGGUGUAGCUGAUUUACUUGAUAAGCGUGUUCAACAAGCCAUUCUUGGUUUGACAACUAUUGAUCAUGGAAAACCACUUUUGGGCCCAUUUGGCUAUCCUUCUGAACCUUUGAAUUCAAGUGAAUGGUUUGCUCAGGAUCCAAUUACUCAUGCUGAAUCAUUACGUGGUGUAGCUAUAGCUCUCUACACUGGCAAUGCUGAUGAUUUGGAAAAGAUACUGUGCGAUACAAAUUAUCGUUUGCGAGAUAUGUUAAUUUCGUUGAAUAUUCCUCUUUAUUUUAAUGAUUAUGGAAAUGGACAAUCGAUCGGAUAUGGUUGUAAUGGUGGACAUAAUUGGCCAUGUUGGAAUGCUGCACUUAUUGAUGUAUUACCUCGUAUGGUGAUGAUUUUACAAAAAGACUGCUAA